GCAUGACCCUCUCCCAUUGAUGCGUUCUUUGUUCGCUUGAUCAACUCGAACACCAGCGAAAUGUGAACAGUCCACCUUGACGAAAGCGAAGAUCUAGUCGCAUGAGCCUUACGUUUUGUAUGCAAAAUACAUCGGCUUAGAACGUUGAGCACAGGCAUACUUGUCUACAUUUCAGAGCUCGGCCGUCUUAUUUUUAGAAUUUCUGGACACCUAUAUGUAAUGCUUAUUUUCACCGAACAAAUGAAGCAUAAGGAGAGGACAUCAGACACUUUGGAUUCACCGUCCGAUUAGAAGCCGUUCUAUUAGUAUGAGUAACCCUUCAAAAAUCUUUUUGCGAUAGUGGAGCUUUACAGUUAUUUCGAAUUGGGAAAUUUGUUACGAGUCUACUUACUUGUGAUAAACUUAACGAAGCUCAAAAGGAAUGACUUGACAAUAAAACAAAAAGGGCCACAGAAUGUCAAGGCGACUUUACAACAAAAAUGGCCGAAAACACAAUGUUCAUUGUGUGAAACCCGGCGAUCCGCCAUUUUUGCGCGCAAUAAAAGAGCGAUGCGGAUACAAGGAAGGACCCAACGUCAAUACAAAGAGGCCUGUGCAAAGACAAGAUUUUAGCGACUCCGACGAGGAGGAAAAGGGCGACGAAAGACCUCAGGUUGUGGUUCUACGGGACGGUGACUUGUCUCAAGAGGAGGCAUCUAAGCUACUUAAUAAAACAAAGGAUGAAUCCAAAAGGUCUGAUACGAAAAUGGUUGCGGUAGCUGAAGACACUGCACAAUCCAACAGAAGAGUGGUUUUUAGCAGUUCGAGUAAGCGAACGAAGGACGUUAAAGAAACUUUAAAACAAAUGGAGCUUUCAUCAAAGAAAAAAAAGCUCCAGGAAGACUGUUCACGAAAGAAGGAUGUCAAAGCUGUAAAAGACAAUCGGCUUUUGUCCUUUGGAGACGACGAGGAAGAAGUUUAAUACGUUUGACUCAAAUCAAUGUCAGGAUAAUGAAAGCGAAUCAGCACAUGAGUAAAUUGUAUAUAGAGGCUACAAAACCUUUUUAUUAUUGCCAAUCGCAAAAGUAUUAAUUAUAAAUGUUAGCUCACCACCUGUGAAAUACCUCUUGCUACAAUGAGAGGGACUUCGUUGAGAAGCUUUCAGUAAAUACCAUAUGCUGAUCAGCCUUUCUUACUGAAAUGGCCCUGAAACACGCCUUUAUUAUGUAAUUUCAUUAACACGGGCGCGGAUAUCCAGCUACUGAUGUAAACAAAAGUAAAAUGAAGAAAGUAAUUUUUAUUUUCAGUUACGAAACAGUUCGAAAGCAACUACGAUUUUCUUGGCGGUUUCUUGGUUGUGUCUCAGCGGCAUCAGGUCGACAGUAAAAUUAGCAAUAAAUAACAGACGUUCCGUUGAUUUUUUCCUAUUGUAAAAAAGAAAGAGAAAAGACCAUAAUUUAAUUAGGUCAUAUAUCAGAACAACGCACUGUUUGCCUAAAAAGGAAAUGCUGAAAGAGAUUAUGAGUGUAUCGAUAUGUAAAUAAUUUUAAAUUGAGUUAUCAUUCCGAUUAUUACCAUAUUUCUGGACGGCAAACUAAAGAAAUAUUUUGAGGCGAACGGGAUGUCCACAUAUGUUGCAGCUAUAUAUUCUUAUGGUGUAAAUAUAUUUUGAUGAUACACUUAACUUGAAUAACACAAUCCAUUAAAUGCAGCACAAUCUAAUCUCUAAUUUAAUAAACGCAACGUGUUUCCAAUCA